UCGAUUCGGAGAAGACACCAUGGGAAAAUCCAAGCAUAAACGGGACUCUAGUUCAGACAGCUCGUCGGAAAGAUCUAGUUCGAAGCGUUUGCUGAAACGUAUUAAACAAUUGGAAAAGAGAUUAGACGAUCGCCGUAGAGACAAAGAUGGCAAACGCAAACAUAGAUCCCGCUCUCUUUCUCGUGCAGAGAAAGGUAUUCGUUCUCGUGCAGAGAACGGUUCCACUGACCGAUCGCUUUCUCGUGCAGAGAAACUUCGACGGGUGGAAAAAGACGAACAUUUGGAGCAAAGACGACACAGUAAGUCUCCCUCCAGAGUGUCACGUAGAUUUCGUGUAGAUUCUACGGACAAUUUCGCAACUACACCCCCUAUUGAAGUAGGUUCCGUAGAUGCAUACAGUGUUACAGAACCUACAGACGACGUAUUAGAUUUGAAUACGGAUGAGGAUACACUAGAGGAAGAGCUGUCAGAGAAUAUUUUACAUAUUCUCGGAAAUAGCGAUCGUAAUAAAAAUUUGGAAACCCAAUUUGGAUUACAUGGCGCGAUAGCCCCCGUUUGGGAAAAUAUUUUAGUAAAAGGUUUCAAGAAGGAGGAAAUCGAAAACCUCCUGCAGAGAUAUGAAAUGCCUAAUAACCUCACAUUAUUAGCACCUCCAAAAUUAAACAAUGAAAUCGCAGCCAUCCUUUCGAAGACAAAUGUUGCUCGAGAUGGAUCUUAUACAGAGAUCCAACACCAGGUUGGCAAAGGUCUAUGUGCCUUGGGCAAAGGAAUGAACCUUAUCUUGGCAAACAGGGAAAAUAUUCCUGAAGAGUACAAGACAACUCUACUAACCUAUUUGAGUGAUUCUAGUCGCAUUCUAGCGAAUGUUUUUCAUAGAGUGUCUGUGACACGAAGAAAUUUAAUAGCUCCCCUUGUAAACAAAACCAUAAGAGAUCUGGUAGUCAAAUCGACCCCAGGAGAAUAUCUCUUCGGGGCAGAUUUAUCCGAGACUAUCAAGACUGCUAAAAACCUUGAGACUAUCAGUAGAGAUUUGAGACUGCAAAAUUCUGUCGAAUCUCGACGUAGUCAAAACAAAGGGGGGGAGUCAACUACAUACAAACCCAAUCCAACCAAGAACACUUUAAACUACAGGCGCCCAGUCCGGCUUCUGGAAGAGACGAGGCAGAAAAAAGGGCAAUCUUCCAGAUCUCAACGUUGGGAGAACCAGAAACAGGAACCGAGAAAGCACCAGAACGACUACUGGAAGAACCGUCGUUAGCUAAGCAAUGCAGCUCAUCCUCUGGCAGAUCAACUUACCCUGGUGGCCGCGAGAUUAUCCGGAAAGCCUUUAUAAUGAAGGGCGUACCCAGGGAGGCAAUCAAUACAAUACUCGGCUCACUUUCUACUUCAACCAUU